UAAGGAAUCAUAAGCUUUAUCCAUGUUUUAUUUAACGCAUGCUGGGAAUCGUAGUUGUUUCGGAGUCUUUCGAUCUUUGUGUCUAUGUGCUAGUGACGUCACUGCAGAGCAUGGUUGGAGUAAUGUACUAUUGUGUGUUUCCGGUUUACCUCCCUCUCUCAGUUGAGUAACUAACCAGGCUCCUGUUACUGUGAAGAUCACGUACAAUACACAUUGCUACAUUUGCCAGUAAAGGGCAAACAUAUAAGAAUAUCUGACAAAUUCAGUUGGUGAACAAGACAAUGUCUAAGACCGAGAACCAAAAGUCAGACCUUCCUGAUGCACAUGGAGGGCGUCUAGAGGAAAACCCGGGCACUGCGCUAUUAAAUGUGAAGGAAGAGGAUGAGACAGAUGACACGAAUAGUCAUCAGACUGAAAUUAAUUGCUGCCUCCCUGCCGGCUGUAUGGAUGUGACGCCUUCAGAUGGCUCAGCGGUUGAGCAUUUAGUAGAACCAAAUGUAUGUGAUCAGGUGAAGACUGAAGAGGAUGAAGUUCUUAUAAAUACGACUACAGGGCGUCUAGAGGAAAACCUGGGCACUGUGCUAUUAAAUGUGAAGGAAGAGGAUGAGACAGACGACAUGAAUAGUCAUCAGACUGAAAUACAUUGGUCCCUCCCUGGCGAAGAAGAUAACACUGAUGUAGUGAAAGUUGAGAUAACAGACGAUCUAUGUAUGAGGCAUCAGCUGGGAGCUCCUGAUGGGGAAACCAGUGACAGUACCAGCUCAGGUGAUGUUAAGACUGAACAAACAAAUGAUCUGUAUGUAAAAAUUCAACUGGAAGCUGUGAAGCAGGAAAUUAGUGACAAUAUCAGUACAGAGGAAUUUACAAACUGCAACUUUUCUGGUCAUGGUAAAAGUGAUGAUACUUCUUUUAAUCUUCUUCAACAUCAAAGAAGCCGCAUGGGAAAUUUAUGUUCUGAAUCAGCUCCUAGUAAUCAUGUGAAAAUUCAUACAGAAAAUAAAGUAUUUUCAUGUUCAGAAUGUGGAAAAUGUUUUAUUCAGAAAUCACGUCUUAUUACGCAUCAGAAAAAUCAUACCGGAGAGAAAGCAUUUUCAUGUUCUGAAUGUGGGAAAUGUUAUACUUGGAAAUCAGAGCUUAUAAGACAUCAGAAGAUUCAUACAGGAGAGAAAGAAUUCUCAUGUUCUGAAUGUGGGAAAUGUUUUACUCAGAAAUCAUCGCUUCUUAAUCAUCAGAAAAUUCAUACAGGGAAGAAAGCGUUUUCAUGUUCUGAAUGUGGGAGAUUUUUUACCCUGAAAGAACGUCUAAUUACACAUCAGAAAAUGCAUACAGGAGAGAAAGCAUUUUCAUGUUCUCACUGUGGUAAAUGUUUUAAUCAUAAAUCAUAUCUUAUUAUACAUCAGAAAAUCCAUACAGGGGAAAAAGAAUUUUCAUGUUCUGACUGUGGGAAAUGUUUUAUUCAGAAAUCAAAUCUUAUUAUGCAUCAGAAAAUUCAUACAGGAGAUAAAACUUUUUUAUGUUCUGACUGUGGAAAAUGUUUUACUCAGAAAUCAAAUCUUAUCAUGCAUCAGAAAAUUCAUACAGGGGAAAAAGCAUUUUCAUGUUCUGAAUGUGGAAAAAGUUUUACCCUCAAAGGGCACCUUGUAACUCAUCAGAAAAUUCAUACAGGGGAAAAGGCAUUUUCAUGUUCUGAAUGUGGAAAAAGUUUUACCCUAAAAGGGCAUCUUGUUACUCAUCAGAAAAUUCAUAUUAAAGGAAAUCCGUGAAAUCAUAGCUUAAAGUACUUUAGGGACUUUAUUUCUAUACUUUCUGCCUUAUUAAACUCUGUUCCCCAAUCCCUUUCAGAAAAUAACCUUUUUUCAGGACAUUUUUUUA